AUGACGAACUUGCCUGAUUCUCCAUCGUCUCGUCGUUCUCGUUCGGAGCAUGGAAGUCCAGGAGACAAACCUAGAAUUAACAAUGUCCCUCUCGAUGUUCUGUGCGAAAUUUUCACUCACGCCGCAUAUAUAUCACGGAGUGAUGCAUCGAAUGAGGACCCUAUGAACGCGCCUUUUAGGGAAGCCAUGUUGUUGCCACUGAGGCUUUCGCAAGUCUGCUGGUUAUGGCGCGAAAUGGCCUUAACAGUUCCAUCUGUAUGGACAAACAUAAAUGUUCUCGUCGAUGGAACUGGCAGCAAGGACGGGGACGAGCGGCUCAUUGAAACUAUCAACACUUGGAUAAAGAGAUCCAAGACACUGCCGCUUCAUAUAUCGGUUACGAGCAAUACAUACAAACUAGCGAAAGAGAAACUUGACACCGCGUCAUGCAUUCUAACACGACUACUUGAAGAGCGGAAACGCUGGCGAGAAGCAUAUUUCUCCUUCAUAGAGGGUGAUCCUACUAGGUUGCUGCUUCUUCAGCUGACCGAUGUGCCUCUCUUGGAGAAACUCACGGUACGGUGGAAAGGGACCGAUACACGUGAACCGAGUGGCAUAAACCUUCUGAUUGAAAGGCCUCAGAGACUGAGAUCUCUGUUACUUGAAGGCGUUCCUUAUCUUCAGACAAUGCGACUUGAUGCCCUGACGGAGCUGUUUUUAUAUGGUAUGGUGGUCAUGGUCUCGCGAGAUGAUUAUUCGGAAAUGCUCAACAACAUCCCGCACUUGGAAACUCUCAAGGUACAGUGCAUGGUGGGCUCUUUAGAUCCAUCCGAUGUUCAGAAUGGCUUGCAACCCCAUAUAACUUUGAGGAAGCUUCACACGUUAAUGGUCGACAGGACGGAUGUUUCCGCGUACAUCAUGAGCAGACUGUCUGUCCCAGCAUUGAAAUGCCUCAUUUGCCACUCUUUCCCCAAGGAUCACGCUGGAAUACUUUAUAAUAUGAUUGAACGAUCCAGGCCUCCAUUGGAACACCUGGAGAUAUCUGGUGCCGUCGUCAAACCUGACUUGCUCGACCCCCUACUUCUAAGCUUUCCGAAGCUAAGAACUCUCUGUCUAAUGUUCUGCCUCAUUACACCCACGGUCUUCGACGCCCUGUUGCCAAUUAACCCAAGAAACAGUAACAGAUAUCUGUGCCCUAAACUCAGGAAGAUCAGUGUAGAAAAUCCUUGUUGGGAUGAAACACGACGGCCUGUCGAUUCGGAUGGUGGAUACUUUGAUUUGUUUUUUUACGAUUCGCUCAAGAUACGUUGCAUGGACUUUGGCCUGGUAGCAGUCAUAAAAUGUCUCCCGAAAGAGCCUGAUUCUGAUGGUAAUCAUGGAACCAUGCGCUUCGUUGUCCCGUUCAUCCCGUUGGAUGACUUGCAUCUGGAAGAGAAGGGACGGAUGCGUAAGGCCAUUGCCGAGGCAGGCACAUUUGACAUUCGAUUCGAGAGUUCGUUGAGUCGGCGUUGA